AUGCGCAUGUGUAUCGACCAUCAGCAGUUGAAUAAAUUGACUAUCAAGAAUAAGUAUCAUUUGCUGAGGAUAGAUGAUUUAUUUGAUCAGUUGCAAGGAUCUUCGGUUUUCUCCAAAAUAGAUCUUCAUUCUGGGUACCAUCAGUUGAAUGUUAAUGAGGCAGAUGUGUAUAAGAUUGCGUUUAGGACUCGUUAUGGGAAGGCUAACGUAGUAGCGGACGCACUGAGCUGUAGGGCUGUAUCUAAUUUGAGAGCGAUGUUUGCUCAUCUUAGCCUGUUUGAUUAUGGUAGUUUGUUGGCUGAGUUGCAAAUUAGACCGACGUGGACUGAACAGAUUAAGGGUAAACAGUUGUUGGAUAAGUUACUGGUUCUUCGUUUCUGUCAGGUUGAGAAUGGGGAAACUUCAGAUUUUGGGUUGAAUAGUGAAUGA